UCACACCACAAGUGAAAGCAGACGCGUUGUCUUUUUUUAAUAUUAGCGAAACAGUUUGCUGGAAAUGCAUUAGUUAGUUAACCGCUGGCUAACUAGUGAAAUUUUCUUUAAAAGCCUUCUGUAAAUAUGGCUACAAAGCGUAAAUCAGAUGUCCCGGUGCCCGCUGAGGAAAGUGAUCAGCUACUCAUAAGACCUCUUGGUGCCGGCCAAGAGGUGGGACGAUCAUGCAUAAUCUUGGAAUUCAAGGGACGUAAAAUUAUGCUGGAUUGUGGCAUCCACCCUGGUCUAGAAGGAAUGGAUGCACUGCCUUACAUUGAUUUGAUUGACCCUGCUGAGAUCGAUCUACUCCUCAUCAGCCAUUUUCACCUGGAUCACUGUGGGGCGUUGCCAUGGUUUUUACAGAAAACAAGUUUUAAAGGGAGGACCUUUAUGACCCAUGCAACCAAAGCCAUCUACCGGUGGCUGCUUUCAGACUACGUCAAAGUGAGUAAUAUCUCAGCAGAUGACAUGCUGUACACAGAGACAGACCUAGAGGAGAGCAUGGAUAAGAUUGAGACAAUUAACUUCCAUGAGGUGAAAGAGGUGGCUGGCAUUAAAUUCUGGUGCUACCAUGCUGGCCAUGUCUUGGGGGCAGCCAUGUUCAUGAUUGAAAUUGCCGGUGUGAAGAUUCUUUAUACGGGAGAUUUCUCUCGUCAAGAAGACAGACAUCUGAUGGCAGCAGAGAUUCCCAGUGUUAAACCAGACAUCCUCAUCACUGAGUCUACAUAUGGCACUCACAUCCAUGAGAAGCGAGAGGAGAGAGAAGCACGCUUUUGUAACACAGUCCAUGACAUAGUGAACCGGGAAGGCCGCUGCCUCAUCCCUGUCUUCGCCUUGGGUCGAGCCCAGGAGCUGCUGCUUAUUCUGGAUGAGUACUGGCAGAAUCAUCCAGAGCUCCAUGACAUUCCUAUCUACUAUGCCUCGUCCCUGGCCAAGAAGUGCAUGGCAGUGUACCAGACCUACGUCAAUGCCAUGAACGACAAGAUCCGAAAAGCCAUCAACAUCAACAACCCCUUUGUCUUCAAGCACAUCAGCAAUCUCAAGAGCAUGGAUCAUUUUGAUGACAUCGGCCCCAGUGUGGUGAUGGCAUCGCCUGGUAUGAUGCAGAGUGGUCUUUCCAGAGAGCUGUUUGAAAGCUGGUGCACUGACAAGAGGAAUGGUGUUAUCAUCGCCGGUUACUGCGUGGAGGGAACCCUCGCUAAGCACAUCAUGUCUGAGCCGGAGGAGAUCACCACCAUGUCGGGCCAGAAGCUUCAGCUGAAGAUGUCUGUGGACUACAUCUCCUUCUCAGCCCACACUGACUACCAGCAGACCAGCGAGUUUAUCCGCGCGCUCAAACCCCCCCACGUUAUCUUGGUGCAUGGGGAACAGAAUGAGAUGGCCCGUCUGAAGGCAGCUCUUAUCAGAGAGUAUGAAGACAAUGACGAGGUCCAUAUCGAGGUGCAUAACCCACGCAACACUGAGGCUGUCACGCUCAACUUCAGAGGAGAGAAACUGGCUAAGGUGAUGGGCUCUCUAGCUGAUAAGAAGUGUGUGCAGGGCCAAAGGGUUUCUGGGAUCCUGGUCAAACGGAACUUCAGUUACCACAUUCUGACCCCCUCAGACCUCUCCAAUUACACAGACCUGGCUAUGAGCACAGUGAAACAGUCUCAGGCCAUUCCCUUCACUGGACCAUUCACCCUACUGCACAGCCAGUUGCACCAUUUGGCAGGGCACGUAGAGGAGGUAGAAGCAGCUGAGAAAACUACAUUGAGGAUCUUUAACAGCAUCACAUUGGUUCAUGAUGUCAACAUGGUCAUACUGGAGUGGAUCGCCAACCCGCUGAACGAUAUGUAUGCUGAUGCAGUCACCACAGUGGUCCUGGAGGUGCAGUCAAAUCCAAAAGCUCAGAAACUCAUACAGCCCAAAGAAGAGAAGGUGGAUCUAGACGUGUUCCAGAACAGACUACAGAUCAUGUUCCAAGACAUGUUUGGUGAGGAGUGUGUAGACUUCAAGGAUAAAAGCAAUCUGUCUAUAACAGUGGAUGGCAAGACUGCCUACAUCAACCUGGAGACGAGGACCGUGCAGUAUGAGGAAGGCAGUGCGGAUGAUGAGUCUCUGAGAGAGAUGGUGGAGUUGGCUGUGCAGAGGCUCUAUGAUGCCAUGAACCCAGUGAUGUGAGCUGGAAGGAGAACUCCAGGAGAUAGACGGCACCAGGGCCCCUCAGCCUGGGUCACAGGACCAGGCAAUGCAAUUAUGACAAAAGGAGUGCACCUCUAAAGAAAUGGAUGCUGGGCCUAGGGUUAAAUUUCUAAAUUAAGGAAAAUGGGCAGAUGUAGAUUGAAUACAUAUGUAAUAGUGUCAGAUAUGUCUCUUUCAUUUUUAAUAUGUUCAAAGUAGAGAUGUUAUUUCUCUGGAUCAAUAUUUUUGACUUAAUUAAAAAGUACACUUCUCUAGA